UCUUUGGAAUUUUUUUUUAUUCAGGUGAGCCUUUUCCAACACAUGGUGCCUUCCCUCAAGUUUUUAAGACCUCCUUCUCUUUUUGACUGGCUCUGGAAUCUCUCAAAGUGAAAAGGUCAAGUACGUACCUACCGGCCAUCGGCCCCACCGAGCCCAUCCGCCGCCCUUCCUAAUAUCCGAAGCCUCAAUCGUCAAGUUCAAUAACUCACUCAGACACAGACACACCUCCACACACUAGACGACCAUCAUGGACUCAUACGACAUCAUGGCCGACAAUGACAUACGAAAUGGACGGCCCGGCUGCCAUCAAGACUUCCUUCUGGGCUUCGCACCGCCCGCAACCGACGACGCCAAUGCCACGGGCAUUGAGUGCAUGAUGGCCUUGAUCAGGGGCAUCAACAGAAUGCUUUCCUACGAAGAGAGAGACGCGAGCCUGGACGAGCGAGUCUCCGAGGAAUCUCGCAACCCCCUCAUGCGCCAAGCCUGGCAAGGGGCCGAUCACCUCCAACUGGAAUGGACGUUGGCCGACAAGACCGAGCUCGUCCGCAAGAUCGGCUUCUCCAAUGUCGAGAGCGCGACGUUUGAGAAAAUUGCGACGCACUCCCUGAUGGACAGCACCCUCUGGGCGAGGCCGCAUCACCUCCUGUCCUAUCGCCUCAUCGGACGACCCACCUCGUCCGAAUGGGAGCUGGCAGAGGACGAUGCCGACCAGGACCAUGCCCGUCGCAGUCUCGUCCGCAUUCAGCACCAGGAGGGCUCCGGCCCGAUCGACCUCACAGCCGAGAUCCAGCGGAUGUUCGACCAUGUCGAGAUCCUCCCAGACGGCUUCGGCCAGUCGUUCAUCGCGCGCCCGCCCGUGUACGCCCGCAUUCUCUACACACCCGCGGCGGACGACGUCAGCGACAACCUCGAAGCCCUCCAGGUCAUCCACAUCCGCGACACGGGCGAGGAAGAGAAUCCCAUUGACGACGGCGUCGACCGCCUGCUGUGGCGCUACGUGCUAGUCGCCGCCGUUCGUAUACGCAGCCGUCCCGACGAUCACGACAAGAUCCGCCUCUUCACCCCCAACGGCGACGAUAUCAGUUGGACCGUUGCUGGAGCCUACUCUGAUUGCGUAUGGCACGUCGGCGCACCGGGCCAUUCGUAUUUUCUCCUCUACACCCACAGCAACUAUCCGACGAAGAAACGCUCCCAUGACGAGCGAAUGGACAUUUGCGAAAACACAAUGUACUCGGACCUGAAGCUCGAGGGAUGGGAAACUCCUGCCAUGUUCGAGGUUGCCAUGGAAAGGUGGAGAACGGCCCUCCGCGCCAAACCCGAUCCUAAUGAUGGAAUGAUUGGACGCGAUCUCUUUGCGCCCAAGCCUUGGGAGAUCCAGACCCCCGCCCCGACGAUCCCACAGAUGCCGCAGCCUGGCCAUGAGCAGGCACAUGCAAGCAACAUGCAUCCCGGAGCCGACCGUGACAGAGGAGAACAGCGCCGCGUCCAUGACCAGCCCCAACAAGCCAGCUCCAACAGCAGAGGCCGUGGCGCGCAGAGUAUGCGUGGCGGUGGAAGUAGGGGUGGAUUUAGAGGCAGGGGUAGAGGUCAAGGUCGAGGUCGAGGUCGAGGUCGAGGUGGAAAUAGAGGUAGAGGAGGGAGGGGACAGAGUCAGAGAGGCAGCUUCCACUCAAGCCCAACACCUUAA